AUGAACCAGGCUCAGAACCUUUGGCAGGAGACUUCUAAUCCCAACACCAUAGGUGAGACUCCGGAAGGUGAAAGAGGGCUGGGUGCAACGGUCUUUGGUGGCACAGGAGGCACGAUCCUCGGACAUCAUUUCGGAAAGAAGCCAGAUCAUGGCACUUUAGGAACUGUGGGUGGUGCCUUGGCUGGCACGGUGCUUGCGAAUAUGGCUGGGAACGCAAUUAAGGGGAAUCACGGUCACCGAGGAGCUGGUGGACGUCGGCGCGAGAGAUUAGAAAGGAAAAUUGAUCGAUUGAGUUAA